GAAACAUGACCCAUGAAGGAAGAUUGACAUGUGAUAACAUAUGAGCGAAGAUUGAAAUAUGAUAACAGUUUUCAAGUAGUACAAAUAAAGUAGCAUCUUUUUACAAAAGUUUUUUCUUACAGUCUAUAGGUAUCACUAACUGCUACAGUUAGCACGUUUCUACACGUAGCAAUUUCACAUAGACUAUCGUGCAAGAAACCGCUGUCUGUAGGCAUUUGCUACAGCAGGUAGCAGUUUAAUCCCAUAGCAGUUUCUUACAAUCUAUACGUAUCGAUAAGUGCUACCGACAGCACAUUCCUACGCGGAGCAGCAUCCUACACACAGCUCCCACUCGGCCUGGCUGAACGCCGGAAGACAGCGGCCAGGGGGCCGGGCCAGGGCGGAGCAUAAUACCGGCUGCUUUCCCGGCCAGCUCUCUGUCACCGUGCAAGCCCCGCUCCGUUGCAGAGCCGGGUCCGGAGUCCCGUCCUAAGAGAAGGCUCCGUUUCCCCUGCCCGAGUGUCUGUGCAGAGCCCCUGACGCCGGUCUCCCCAUGGCGAGCUGCUUCCGCGGCCCCCUCCCGGGGCGCCACUCGCUGCUGCUGUUGCUGCUCCAGGUCUCCCUCGCGCAGGAAAGGGCGGUGGCCACGUCCCUGCUGAGCGGCUAUUUCGGGACCAAGUCCCGGUACGAGGAGGUGAAUCAGCACCUGCUGCAGGACCCGCUCUCUCUGGGGCCCCCGGAGCCGGGGUACCUGCUGCCUUCCGCGGCCUGCGCCCCGCUGCAGCUCCGCGCCCUCAUCCGCCACGGCACACGCUUCCCCACCGAGAAGCAGAUCCGCAAGUUGGGCCAGCUGCACCGCCUGCUCCGCAGCCAGGAGCCGCCCUGCGCCGCCGCGCAGCAGUUCGCCCACUGGGACAUGUGGUACCAGCCAGACAUGGACGGGAAGCUGGCGCCCGAGGGCCGCCUCGACAUGGAGCAGCUGGCCCAGCGUCUGGCCGCCCGCUUCCCGGGCCUCUUCUCCCCGCAGCGCCGCUUCGCCUUGGCCAGCAGCUCCAAGCACCGGUGCGUGGAGAGCAGCGCCGCCUUCCGCAAGGGGCUGCAGCUGGCCCUGCACCGACAGUCCCCGGGCAGAGAUAUCGAGAAUGAGGAGACUGAGAUUAAUGACAAAUUAAUGAGGUUCUUUGAUCAUUGUGAGAAGUUUAUAACCUGUGUAGAAGAGAAUGCUACAGCUAUGUACGAAGUGGAUGCCUUCAAACAGGGUCCUGAGAUGAAAAGGGUUUUGGAAAAAAUUGCGGCUACCUUGUGUAUACCUGUGCGUGAGUUAAAUGCAGAUUUGGUCCAAGUUGCUUUUUUUACCUGUUCAUUCGAGUUAGCUGUUAAAAAUGUGAAUUCUCCCUGGUGCUUACUCUUCAAUGAAGAGGAUGCUAAGGUACUGGAAUACCUGAAUGACCUAAAGCAGUACUGGAAAAGAGGAUAUGGGUAUGAUAUCAACAGUCGUUCCAGCUGUAUUUUAUUUCAAGAUAUCUUCAAACACUUGGACAAAGCCAUUGCAGAGAGUAAAAGUUCCAUGCCCAUUUCUUCACCUGUAAUCCUGCAAUUUGGACAUGCAGAGACCCUUCAGCCACUGCUUGCUCUAAUGGGUUUCUUCAAGGAUGAGGAGCCCCUUACUGCUAACAAUUACAAAAAACAAAUGCAUCGGAAGUUUCGUAGUGGUCGCAUUGUGCCUUAUGCCUCAAACCUGAUAUUUGUGCUUUAUCACUGUGACCAAGCUAAGACCCCUGAGGAGGAGUACCAAGUACAGAUACUGCUGAAUGAAAAGCUGCUACCAUUUCCUCACUCGGAGGAAACUGUCUCUCUGUACACAGAUCUGAAGAACUAUUAUAAGGACAUCCUUCAAAACUGCCACUUCAGUGAAGAAUGCGAAUUAUCAAAAACUAAUAAUACUUCCACUGAUGAACUUUGAGGGAGAAGAAUAGAGCAAAGAUCAUGGAAAUUGAUUUCUGGUAUGUGUAGUGAACAAGGGUUUCUUAUCAGUGUUGGUUUUUUAUUUCCUGCUCAUAUAUUCACAUUCUUAUCUUACAUCUCCAAACUAAAAAUAAAUGCUUAUUCCUAUGUCUUAAUUCAGGGAUUUCUUAAAAGUCUAAGUAUAUAUUGUCUCUAUUGCAUGAGCGCAAUUUUGAAAAUAAUUUAAUUAAUUAACCUGGCUGUUGGGAUAAGCAUUCAUUACAAAUAUGAAGAUGCAAGGUACAGUAUAUUUAUACAUUUAUAUGCAUUAAUAUAUAAUUAUUUAUAUUAUUCCUGGUGUUUGAGCCUGCAUAGUAGAUAGGUUUAGAGGGCCAGGGCACUUUAGCUUACCAGAAUGGCUCUUAGUGGAACUGAUGGCAUUUUCCUCUCAUCUGUCUCCCUCGCUCUAUCCUUCCUUCUGUUUCUUAGUGUUUCUCUGAUGUCACAGACAUAAACUGACCCUCUCCUAUUUGCUUAUUUUUACAGCUAGAUGUUGGCUGCCAUUCCAGGGUUCAAGAAAGAAAGGGCGCAUAGUGCUUUCUCCCCAGCCACUGUCCAGGCAGGAGUCAGCCAUGAUUCUAAUUCCUGCACUCUUCUGAGCAUAGCAGCUUCCUUGGAUAGUGCCCCCAUGGGUAUUAUCCACCCAAAAAGAUGCAGGGGUUGAAUUUCCAUGGCAUAAAGCCUUCUUCAGCCUACCUGCCAGAGCUAAUUGGUCACUGAGGGAAAGUGUCCUGAAUUUUCUGAAGCCGUGCAGUGGCCAUUACCCUGGAAGAUGUACCACUCCUCUGCCAGCCUUAUAGAUCUCCUUCAAUUUCAUACUGUUUUUGUUUAACAGUUCAGGUUAAGGCAUGCAAAUAUUGCAUCUUUGGCCCCAUUCAGGCUGGAUUUCCUCAUCCUCUGACAAGUGGUGGUGAUAUUAUAGUCUCAUAACUAUCUGGCAGAGAUUUUUACUGUUGUUCUGGAACCAAAUGCUAUCAGUGUUAGCCAAACGCUUGGGCUUUUUGGGGUAUGUCUACUUUGCAACUGGGAGUGUUCUUCCCUGCUCGAAUCGACAGACGUACGCUAGUUCCACUUGAGCUAGCAUGCUAAACAGCAGUGUAGCCAAGAAUAGCUUGGGUAGCAGCUCGGGCUAACCACCUGAGUACUAACCCAGUGGACAUCCUGGGUUCAUACACGUUUGGCUGGCCCAAGCUACCACCUGUGCUGCCACCAGCUACACUGAUGUUUUUUUCCGUGCACUGAUGUUUUUUUCGAGGUCUCUGUACCCGAGCUGGGAGCUGGGAAGCGCACUUCCAAGUGCAGUAGAGAUGUACCCCCCGCCAUGUGCCAGCCAAUCCUUGAAACAGGACUUUGAUUCUAAGAAUGGACUGCUUGUUCCCUGAGUGCAGUAUUGCUAAUUUUUUAAAGGAGAUUGUACCUGUAUUAAAGUAGGAUUAUUUGCCUCUGAAAAAUGUAAGAUACUGUAAAAAAAAAAAAAUUUUAAUGUAAUAUAAAAAAUGCAGAUAAUUGUGAAGAAUAAGUGUCUGAAAUAGAAUACAGAUAAUGAAAACAGUCAAAUAGAAACCAUUAUCAUGGUUGUCUCAUUAGGCAGAUCAGAUUGAGAAAUGUCAAGCUCCAUUAGAAACUAAUGAAACUCAAAUAGUUGCAAAGUUUUAAGGAGUAAAAUUUGAAGUGCCUAAAUACCACUGUGUUUCACUUAGAUGCUCUUGAAAAUUUUGCUUGUGUAGUCUGUUGUUCGCAAGUCAUAUUGGUUAAUUGAAUGAGUAAGGUCAAAUCAGAUGAUAAAAUUAACUUUUUGGAAUAUAAAAUUUGAACUCAAAAUAACGUUGAAAUCAUUUGAUUUUAAUACUUUUUAAUGGAACAAUACCUAUAUUUUUAUAGUUUGUCUGUUUUACAAGGCUUAGCAUUAUGCUGGGCAGUACAAUGACAAUAUCAAUGAAUGGAUAAUGGUUUGUCACUAAAUGGAAUUACUUAAAUGGUGGGUAUUUCUAAACAUUUGGAGAAGUAUUCAAUACAUUCUUAGUGAAAUAUUAGUACCUUAGUAAUGCUAAAUCACUUCAGUUAUCUUUUUUUAAGUGAAUCAAGUACUGAUAAGGAAUGGCAUUCAUAUUGAAGCAAAUAUGGCAAAGAAAUGACCUCUGUCAAUAUUUACAUGAACUUUUCUGUUUUAUGUCCAUCUUCCUCUCAGCUUUUUCUCUUGCUUGGUCCUAUAUUGAAGCUAUAGUAGUAUAUGACUUCAGUUUAUUGUCAUAAUCAUUUUCAUAAGUCAUUAUUAUGGGCUUUACUGUAGGAGCAAAUGGGGAGAAAAGCUAUGAAGAAUUAAACUUUUUCUAAAGACACCUAGUUCAAAUGCAAAGUAAACAUAAGGAAUCAUGAAAAGCAACCCUGAAACAAAUAAUCUUCUAUUUCCAGGAAUGAGUCACCUUGUUUUAAUGAGAAUAUGUUCUGGUUUUGAACCUUAUGGGGUGAAAUAUUGGCCCCACUGAAGUUGGUGGAAGUUUUUUCCACUUCUAGGAGCCAGGAUUUCAUCCAUGAAGUUUAUUAAAUGGGCUAAGAUGACAAAACUGGAGUCUGUACACAAACCCAUUGGACGUAAGCCUCCUAUAACUAAAGCAGCUACCUUUCUCAUUCACUUCAAUUUGCUCCAAGAUGAAGGUACUAUUGAAGGUACAGUCUCAUCCACUGUAGUGCAUGGAGAUUUUGGGGUAUUUUUUGGCAUGUGUAAGAGGAAGCAGAGAUGGGUUCUCUGUUUCAGUGAAGGACAAUACAGUAGUGUCUGCCAGUGAGUCAAUGUGCUGGGUUUGAAUAAUUGAAAUUGUACAAGCUUGGUUCUGCUGUAUUACGUGUAAGGUGUUUUGGGAAACUGUAGCUUUAGUUACUUGUUUGGCAUAAUCAAAUGUAUGUUUUUGGAGCUGAUUAUUUCAGACAGUGGAUUGAAUUUAGCAAAUUCUAGUAAAAGGUUACAGAUGCAAAUGCAUAUUUUGAAAAUGUACUACAUGAACAUUGUAACUGCUCCUUAAGAUUUUAACUUGGGCUGGGUUAUUUUAGUGUAACAUAGUAAAUUAAAAUAAACUUGCUGUAUAAUAAAUGAAAAAGGAAACUAAAAAAGAUGGUAAGCAUGCUCCAUUACAGAGUUGGGCGCUAGUCGUGCUAUCAGCAAUGCACAGGUAGACUGCUUUGCCUUGUGGUCAGCCUCAUGAUUGGAACCUUAAUCCCACAGUAUUCACUAUAACUUGAGUAAUCUUUUCCCUUUGGCAAGCUUUCUAAGUUCUACAUUUGAGACCUCACUUGUGCUGAUGCAAGGUACUCCUCGUUUCUGGAGAAGUAUAAGCAAAACUAAUUUGUUACUUUGCCAAGAUUUUACUAUAAAAAAGUAACACUGUAGGUAUGUUUUACUUAUCAGAUGAAGCCUCAAUUUGCAAUCAUUCUGCAAUCAAAAACACUGAGUACAUUGGAUCUGUUAUAUUUAAUGCUACUACUUAAAUAUUUGAAACAAUCUUUACUAAGAAUAGUUUGAAGCUAGAGCAAUCUUUCAGGUAUCUUUUAGCUGACCACCUCUUCAUUUUUCAUGACAAACAGUGAAUCUCAAUGCUGUAAUUCUGGCUAGCAUAAAGUUGUCCAAUUAUUUUUUGCUCUAUGUGGUAUGUAUUUACCAUGGUACUGUAGAUGCUCGGAUGAAGAUAAUUGGCUUUGGCCAAACCUUUUAGUAUUAUGAAGUAUGAAAAGUCAGCAACAAUAACUACACAAGGGUCUCUGGCAAGUACUGCAAUCUCCUGCAAAUACAGUUAGUAACUUCUUUAUUUGAAAUUUGAUAUUUGCAUAAUAACAUUGAUUUCUUUCUCUGGUUAAUGUAAGCCUUGAAGUGGGGUUUGAUGUACAUUACCUAAAUAUUAACCAAUAACUUUAUUUUUCAAUUUGUAUUUUGGAGUGCAUUGUAUUUCCUGAUCUUUAUGGGGUCUUAUUUGAAAGGAUAAUAGUGUUCCAAAUUAAAUGUCUAACAGACACUAUUAAUAUUUCUGAUACACAACUUAAAGGAGUGAAAUGCAAAUUAAAGAAUUAGAAUAAAUAUCAUGACUAGGGCCCUUCUAAAUUCACAGUCCAUUCUGGUCAAUUUCACAGCCAUAGGAUUUGAAAAUUAGUCAAUUCCAUGUUUUCAGAGGUUUACAUCUGAAAUUUCAUGAUGUUGUAACUGUGGGGGGGACCCUGAUCCAAAGGGGAGAUUGUGGAGAGGUUGCAAAGCUGUUGUAGGGGGGUCAUGGGAUUGCCACCCUCACUUCUGGGCUCUGAAGGCAGCACCCCCAGAGCUUCCUGCAGGUGCAGGAGGUUCCUGGAGAUGGGUCUGAUCUUCCUGGUGCUGCUGGGAGUGCCCCAGCCAGGGGCUCCUAGUUACUAGUUGUGGCCAGGUUGGGGAGGGACAGGACUUGCUCUUCACCAGCACAGCCACACUUGGGGCAGAUGAGAUCUGCUUCUAGGUAUCUCCCGUCGCUGCAGGAAGCUCCAGGACUGGGCAGCAGCCCCGGAGCUUCCUGUAGCCAGAGGAGGUUGCUGGAAAUUGAGGUGGGUACCACCCCUGGCUGCAGGAUGCUCCCAGCAGCACCGGAAAGAUCAGUGCUCCCAACAGCACAGGGUAAGUACCUGGAGGUGGGUCUGAUUUCCCCCACCCCUGCCCCUGAGUGUGGCCCUGCAGGGGAAGAGCAAGUCCUGCCCUCCCCAACCUGCCAGAACUAGCAGCUAGGAGGCCCUGACUGGAGUGCUCUCAGCAGCACAGGGGACAUCAGCCCCACCUCCAUCAACUUCCUACAGCUGCCCAGUCCUGGAGCUUCCUGCAGCUGGGGUAGGUACCCAGAGGUGGGUCUGAUUCCCCCCUCCCCCUUCCCCAAAUGGCUGUGCAGGGGAAGAGCAAGUCCUGUUCCUGUUUUUAUGUUGGAGCCGGAGGCCUGGCAGGAGCCCCGGGCUUGGGAACUCCCAGCCAUUCCCCCUUGCCUCCAAUAGCUAGAUUUCACAGGGGAGGUCUGAUUGCAUGGUCCGUGACAUGUUUUUCACAGCUGUGAAUUUGGUAUGGCCCUAAUCAUGGCAGAAGCCAGUAUCUUAAAAUAAUUACAAUAAUGUCGUAAGGAAAAAUGAGUAGUUUUCUUGCUCUUGUCAUUUGUAUUCCCAGAAAUUUGACACUUAAACAUCUGUGUUUGUAUAACACCUAACACAGUGGAGUCCUGCUCCAUGACUAAGGCUCCUAGGCACUAUGGAAAUAUAAAUAUUGUGAGAAAUAUUUUUCUUCAGUAGACUUAAACCCUGAACGUGUGUAUCGUCUCACUGUAAAUAAACUUGCUAUUUCUAUUC